GGAAUGACGCAAUCCACAUCUUAACAAAGGAUAAAAACCAAGAACUCCGAGUUGAUCUACAGAGUUAUAACGGAGAACAGGCCUAUGCUAUGUAUUCCACAUUUUACAUCAGAGAUGAAGACAAUAAAUAUAGACUGACAGUGUCUGGAUACAACGGAACAGCGGGUAACAGUUUAUGGUAUAACAAUGGAAUGAAAUUUACAACAAAAGAUCAGGACAAUGACCUGCGGGGUAAUGGAAACUGUGGUAUAUCAUGUCACGGGGGAUGGUGGUACCGCGGUUGUACCCAUGCCAAUCUUAACGGACUGUACGCCCAGCCUGGUGUAUAUAAUUGGCAUUACAUGAUAUGGUAUAAGUUUAAAGGAACUGGACCAUUAAAACAGACUUUAUUGAUGGUUAGAAGCAAAAACUAA